AUGCCGAUUCGCGAGGGAAUUGCAGAGUAUGCCCUUAUCAGCGCAUUCGAAGACUCGAGGUUCCGGCCGAUCCAACGGAGCGAGCUCGAAAAGCUUCAAUGCGUAGUCUCAUUGCUGGUCGACUUUGAAGACGCCGAGGAUUAUCUCGACUGGACAGUGGGCGUGCAUGGUAUUCAUAUUUCGUUCCAGCACCCAUUCUACAACGCGACGUCGAAUAGUUCAUCCAACACACCGCUUUCGCUCACACCGGUCGGUCGUGGGAGCAAUGGCAUUGCGAAGCGCAAGUAUAGCGCGACAUAUCUUCCAGACGUCAUCCCUGAUCAAGGGUGGACAAAGGAAGAGGCAAUCGACAGCGCUAUUCGCAAGUCUGGAUGGAACGGCACGAUCACAGACGACCUACGUCGGUCCAUUCAUCUUCGACGGUACCAAUCGAGCAAGAAGGGCGCGCUUUGGGACGAGUGA